AUGCAGUCAUUCUCAUUAUUACUGCUCGCUUGUCCGACUAUUGUAUUUGGGACGUUUAGUAUUCAACAGAGCUACCAACUUCAACCACCGCCCCCGCCACAACUGCAAACAUCGUUCGCAACGCAGUAUCCUGCUCCUUCUUUGCCUUCUUACGUGCCGCCACCAGCACCGGCGCCUCCAACCUUCAUCUUUCAACAACCGAUGCAACUGGUGUCUCCAUCUUUCGUACCCUCGCAACCGCUGUACAAACCAUCCCAGACAGUGUACAAGCCACCCCAGGCACCGUACAAGCCACCUCAGUCAUUUGUACACCCCUCUCCCAGUCUUUUUGAGAAUCCUCCGAGCUAUUUGCCAUCAGCAAUUUCUCAGCAGCAGUACGCCAAUGCUCCACAAAAUUACCCGCAACCUCUCGAGCCGUACCCUGCGCAACCGACUUAUCAAGCAGCCCAGAUGCCUCCAGCCUAUGUCCAGUCGAGGUGUUGGAGGAGCGUCGAAGGAUUUCCUUGUUGUAGCAAAGAGUUAGAGUCAUUUAUGUUGGAGACGAUGAACGAUGAAAGAAACAUAAUGAAAUGGAAAGGAUGCAAUAUGCAAAUGGCGGUCAAUGAUUUACAGAAAUCUGCACAGUCUCGGUUUAAUAUUUCAUUCGAAGCCGUGGUCGCCCAGUCUCAAAUGGAAAACAAAAGCCGUUUUCGAGAUGAUCUAAUGUGUAAACUACGAACCAGAGAUGGGAAGAUCGCUCUACUCUACGCUACUGCUGAACAGUACUCGCUGGAAGGCGCCGAUUACCACCCACUUUCAAGUGAGGAACUGCAGCAGCUGAACUUGCCUGAGGAUAUGAAUGAAAUCAGAACCACGGAUGACAUCUAA